AUGAAGUCUGGGUCACUUGAUCAGUGGAGGAGUUACUUUAGAUCAUCCAGUUCGGAUAUUUUCGACAUAAUUGACCAUGCGAUUGUUGUUGCUGCUGCUGAUUGUCCGAAGGAGUUUAAGUUGAGGAGAGAUGGAAUUGCUGAGAGGUUGUUUUCUGUUAUGCUGAAUCGCUGUAAGGACUGCGAGAAAGUUGAAACGCCGGUUACUGAUAAUGAGAAUGAUGAACUUUGCAAGAGAGGUUUUGUUAGAGAUGGUGGGAGUAAGGAGAGUAAGGUGAAUUGCGGGGAAGGUAAUGGAGUGGUGGAAGUGAACCCUAUUAGCAAUUACACCUUUGUAGAUGCGGAGGCUCUCACGGAUAUGCUCGAAGCGGAGUCUGAGCUUCUUGCAGAGGUUAUGAGAAUCAAAGAGGUUCUCAAUAGCUAUGAAGAUGAGUCUGACUCGGCGCUGUUUGAGUCUCUGAGGAGGCUUCAGCUGAUGCAUAUCUCUGUGGAUCUUCUUAAGUCAACUGAGAUUGGAAAGGCUGUCAAUCCUCUUCGAAAGUAUGGAUCAAAGGAUGUCCGUCAACUCGCACGGGUCCUCAUCGAUGGGUGGAAAGAAAUGGUCGAUAAUUGGGUCAACGGGAAUGCAGCGAAACCUGCCGCAGAAGGAGGCACACCGGAUUCGAUAAAUCCGUCUGUUGUUGAGAAUGCAGAAGAUGAGGAGGAAGGAGGACUUCCAUCACCUCCUUUAGACGACGGGGCUUUCUUUGUUUCUCAACCCGGUUCAAUGGAGCUCUCACAGUUCUUCGAAGGCAUGGAUGAUGACGGAAAUCUUCGUAAGAGUGCACCUCCUAACAAGAACCGUGACAAUGGAGGAAAGCCGACAUCCGACACUCUAGUUAAGGACAAGAGGAAUUUCCCGGUUUUCAAUGCAACUGCUAUCCCUGCCAAUGACAACAAGAGUCAGCAAAUGAAGAAGACUGAGGCUGCGGUCAGGCUAAACAAACCGGUAGCUGCUGAUGCUGGCCGCGGAAGACCAAUGAACCCGAACAUUCAGCGAAAACCCAAUGUAGAGCCGAGGCUGCAGCAGAAAGCCGGGAACAGUACUGUGCCAAAGAGGCCUCUCAAUGCUCAGCAAGAUCCGAAAUGCUCAAGUGAUGCUGAAAAGCUCGAAGCUACUAAGCGGAAACUUCAAGAGCGCUAUCAACAAGCUGAAAACGCCAAGAGGCAAAGGACAAUACAAGUUAUGGAAAUCAACGAACUUCCAAAGCAAGGAGCUGUCCAACGAAACACUAAUUUCAAACCGGGAAAUCACAACCGGCAAUGGGCUAACGGUCGUAGAUAG